AUGGAUUAUGGAAGGAUCCUGUCACCUGAAUCUCCAACUCGUUUGAGCAAUAGUGACACGUGCUUCCUCACCAGAAUCCAAAUCUUUAUUCAAACCAUUUCUGAGCGGGUUCAAUCAACACCUUAUGAAACACGGAUUCAACAUGUGAGGGAAAUAGACUGGUGCAAAUCUCUGCCUUAUAACGAAUUCAGUCCAUGUCAUUUCUGGCCUGCCUGCAAGAUCUCGAUUCUGAAAUAUUUAAUAGAUUUGGCAAUGUUUCAAUGGGAGGUGGUUUUCAAAUUUGUGUUUGAAUCCUACUUUAUUCGAUUCAAAGCCAAACCCUCUGGAUUUACAAAGACCUCACUGCCAAUUGCUUUUACUCCUGAGGGGUUUCCGUUCAUGUUUGCUAUCAGUGGCAGCGUGAUUUACAAAUUUUGGUCCAAGAAAACAAGUUUUAACACAAAAAAUAUAAUGAGAGAGCGAGGAUUUCCUCCACCAAUAAGGAUUUUUUUAAUCAUUUCUUGUAUCUCUUGGGGCAUUUAUAAUCACAGAGGUGAGGAACAUUUCCUAAUUAAUUCGCUUGAAUCAUGUGGCAAUAUGUCAAUAUUAGGACAGAUGGGUAGUCGUUCUAUGCCUACAAUUCAAAAACUUGGCGAUUGCUUACAGCAAAAUUUGAUGACAGCUAUUAAUUAUAAACAUGGAUAUUUCAAAAAUUUCACAGAGUAUGAGUUCGCUUCAACCACUAGCAAAAGAACUAAAAAAUCAGCUUUGCAAAAUUACUUUUGA